CGCGGAUCCAUUCAACUAUGAUCCCACCGACGCUUUAUGUGAACUAAAGUUUCUCCAAUCCAGAAUCCUCUGCUGAUAUCUUCUAUAUAAGAGAAUUCUCCUGGAUGACCCAACAACCAUGGAGAGAGACAGGAACAAGAUGGCCGACAGGAUCAUAAACCUCACCCUACAGAUACUCUUCCGGCUUACUGGAGAGGAUUACACAGUAGUGAAGAAGUCCUCUAGUGGGCGCUGUGGGGCCCCUGUGUGUGAAGGAUGGGGAGGAACCCUGAGCCCAAUCCCGGGGCCCCCACCUCACUCCCUGAUACAUGAGGAAAUGGAUGAACAGAAGAUCCGAGAACUCAUCAACAAGAUGAUGGAGCUGCUGACUGGAGAGGGAGAAGAUCGGAAGAAUAUUAAUGCUCUAGAGGCAUAUGUGAGCGGUGAUGAGCAGUAUAAGGAGGACAUUCUUACAGAGAAAGAUCUGAUCUAUAAUAAUGCUACAGACAUAAAGGAAGAAGAUGAGACAGAUGUGAGCGGUGAUGUGCAGUAUAAGGAAAAUAUUCCUAAAGAGAAAGAUCUGAUCCACAUUAAUGCUACAGAGAUAAAAGAAGAAGAGACAGAUUUGGGUGGUGAUGAGCAGUAUAAGGAGGACAUUUCCACAGAGAAAGAUCUGAUCUAUAUUAAUGCUCCAGGCAUAAAGAAAGAAAAGACAAAUGUGAGUGGUGAUGAGCAGUAUAAGGAGGACAUUCCUACAGGGAAAGAUCUGAUCUAUAUUAAUGCUACAGAUAUAAAGGAAGAAGAAGCAGAGACAGAUGUUAGCGGUGAUGAGCAGUAUAAGGAGGACAUUCCUACAAGGAAAGAUCUGAUCUAUAUUAACGCUCCAGACAUAAUAGUAAAAGUAGAAGAAGAGACAGAUGUGAGCGGUGAAGAGCAGUAUAAGGAGGACAUUUCUACAAGUAACCACCCAGAUAAUUGUACCUGGAGAUCAGAGGAGAAUCUUCUAUCUUCAGAUUAUAAAGCAGAUGAUGAUAUCACACAAGAUACAUAUGAAGAACAUUCCAUUAUCCCAGAUACACCCUCAGCCCUUCACAGCCAAGAUCUGUCAUCUCAUCCUUAUAUACAGGUCCUGUCUUCUCAGUCAUCACAGGAUGUUCAGCAAAAUAAAAGCCACAGAAGGAAUGAUGGACAUCAACGAGCUCAUACAGGAAAGAAACCAUAUUCAUGCUCAGAAUGUGGGAAAUGUUUUACAUUUAAAUCAGUUCUUGUUGUACAUCUAAGAACUCACACAGGAGAGAAGCCAUUUUCAUGUUCAGAAUGUGAAAAAUGUUUUAAUCGGAAAUCACAUCUUGUUCAACAUCAAAGAACUCACACAGGGGAGAAAACAUUUUCAUGUUCAGAAUGUGGGAAAUGUUUUACUCAGAAAUCAGAUCUUAUAAAACAUCAAAGAACUCACACAGGGGAGAAGCCAUUUUCAUGUGUAGAAUGUGAUAAAUGUUUUAUUAAGAAAUCAUAUCUUUUUGUACAUCAAAGAACUCAUACAGGAGAGAAGCCAUUUUCAUGUUCAGAAUGUGAAAAAAUUUUUAAUCGGAAAUCACACCUUGUUCAACAUCAAAGAACUCACACAGGGGAACAAACCUUUUCAUGUUCAGAAUGUGAAAAAUGUUAUACUCAGAAAUCAGCUCUUAUAAAACAUCAAAGAACUCACACAGGGGAGAAGCCAUUUUCAUGUUCAGAAUGUGGGAAAUGUUUUACUCAGCAAUCAAAUCUUGUUAAUCAUGAACGAAUUCACACAGGAGAGAAGCCAUUUUCAUGUGUAGAAUGUGAGAAAUGUUUUACUAAGAAAUCAUAUCUUGUUGUACAUCAAAGAACUCACACAGGAGUGAAGCCAUUUUCCUGUUCAGAAUGUGGAAAAUGUUUUGCUCAGAAAUCAGAUCUUGUUAAACAUCAAAGAACUCACACAGGGGUGAAGCCCUUUUCAUGUGCAGAAUGUGGGAAAUGUUUUACUGAUCAAACAAGUCUUAUUCAACAUCAAAGAACUCACACAGGAGAGAAGCCAUUUGUAUGUGUAGAAUGUGAGAAAUGUUUUACUUGUCAAUCAAAUCUUCUUAAACAUCAGAAAACUCACACAGGGGAGAAGCCAUAUUCAUGCUCAUAAUGUGGGAAAUGUUUUAUUGAGAAAUCAACACCUUAGACAUCUAAGAAUUCACACAUGAGAGAAGCCAAUUCAGAGCUGUAAAUGAUGCAGAUAACACCUCUAUAUAUUCACCAUGUACAUAGGAUAUCUGACAUUUAUACAUAUAUCAUAUACUGCAUCUCCAAACUUGUUACCAAUUGUUAA